CUAGAACUAAAAGUAAGGUCGAUAACUCUCAUCAUGUAUUAAUACAAUCAAUUACACGAGGUUUAUUAAGAAAGUAGAUUUUUUUCCAUAACAUUUUGAAUGUUUUCUCAAUUUCUGUGUGAUUAAAAAAUCAUGGCACUUGUUCCAUCACUUCAGGCAGGAUCACAGUUUGGAAAAUACAUCUUUUCCCAUGAUUCGAAGUAAGUAAGCCUAAAUAAAACUAUACUGUUGAACUGUUUCAGUUUCACAGGUCUGAUGAGUGUGAUGUGAUAGUCAGGGUUGUUAACAAUACUAAAAAAAAAUUAUUGGCAAUACCAAUACCAAUACUGCCUGUAAAAUCUAUUGGCAAUACCAAUACAAUUUUAAAACCAGUAUUGCAAUACCAAUAUUUAUUUAUUAUUGCCUUACCAAUACCAAUAUUUGGGUCAUUCAACGAAUAAAACGCAAAUAUGUAAUUCAUCGCUCUAUAUCACUUACAUCGAUAAACGAUAACAACAUUUUUGGCUAAUUUAGACAAUGUAUUUUUAACCAAAUUUUGUUCAAUAGUUAACACUUGCUUCAUCAGUUUUCCUCAAAGCAUUCAAAAGUCUUUGACAACAUAUUAAUAUUAAAUAAGUCGGCAUACCUUAAACUUAAGGUCCUUAAUUAAGCAACAAGAUUUUUAAUAUGUAUACUGUACACAUAUUGUGAAUGAAUGAAUGGAUGGAUGGAUGAAUGAAAGGAUGAAUGAAGCAAAUGACUGUCAUUUUUGUUUGUAGGCCCUAGACACGGUGCUUAAAGUGCCUAAGCCUUAAUCGAGCCUUGGUAAGUCACUGGUCAAUGCUCAUUGCCAAAGAUAUCAUAUGUGAUUUGAUUUCUAUUACUAUUAUCAUUCUUUUCAUUGAUCAGUCUCAUUCAAAAAUUGUUUGGCAAUGUCACUCGCAAGAUGGCGACACCAAAGAAAAAUUUAUUAUAUUCAGCUUUAUUCACAACCAAUGUUGUAGAGAAUUUAUUGAAUAUUGCUUUUAGUAUUGGUUAAAAAUCAAUACCAAUAUCAAAAAUAAUUAUUGGCAAUACCAAUACCAAUAUCAAAUUUCAAGAAGUAUUGCAAUAUCGCCCCAAUACUUAAAAAAGUAUUGGCAAUACUACCAAUACCAAUACAAUAUUGCAAUAUUAACAACCCUGGUGAUAGUGAUGAGCACUUUUACACUUUACUUUUGAGGUUGAGUCUUUAACUUUAACUCUUUUCAUGACUUUUGUCACUUUAGUUUGACUUUUACUAGGGACUUUUAUUUUGAGUAGCUCUGUAACUAGUAGUAAUACUACUUCCAACUAUGACUAUAGGCAUCAUAGUGCCAUAUAAAAUAAAGUAAAGGUUAGGCCUAGGCUUUUUGGCUUAUUAAAAAAAAAAAGGUGAAUAUUUUUGGCUACACCUUGCUUUUAUUUAGUUCUAAUUAAUAUUAAUAUUUGUUAAGUAAGGCAGGCUUGUUUAUAUUCUGGUAGGGCGAAAAGUGCCCUUUUAGUAACAUUUAGUCUUUAGUACUUUUAGGUCACGUUUACUUUUAGCCUUAGCGAGAUAAGCGAAGUCAUAAUAAUAAAUAAUAAUAAUAACCAUAAUAAUACAUGACGGGUAGGGACUGAGAAUGAUGAUGAUGCUUGAGUACUUUUAUAUUAUAGCGGCUAGUGUACAUGGAGAAUAGGAUAGGUCCUAAAACUGAGCCCUGCUUUCUUCAUAAAAAAUUGGCCUAAUUGCCUAAUCAUGCUGAAUGAAUCUACGUAGCAAGUUUAAAUGGACUUUAUUGAAGACUCACAGAUAUGGGACAAGAUAUAAGAUCUGUCUAUGACCUGCAGCUGCCUCCUUUCCUGGCAUAAUUUAAUUGUCAUGAUUUUACAAACUGCAUCACAAAAAUAGUCAUUUAUUUUAUUUCAGAAAUUCAGAUAUUUUUACAAGUUGUAAUUAAAGUUAUUUGAUGAUGGCGCAUUGACAAGGAAAGGGCAGAAAUAGGAAAUUUUGAGUUUAUUGCGCAUGAGGCCAAGCUGAUAAAGUAGCAUAAAAAAUAUUGCACCCUAGUAACCAUAUUUUAUAGUAUUUUCACAGGACCCGAAAACACUGGAAAAAAUCUAUCUACAAAACUAACUUAAGUUAAAUGCCUAAAACCAAUACCAAAACUAUUAGACUUUCACUACUUUCAGCCAAUGGAAAAUAUAUAGUUUGGAACUAUAUUAAAUAUAAAAGCAAGAACAUCAUCAAUCUGUGUUUAGUUUGUAAACAAAAAAAAUUCAGAAAUUAAAACAGUUUUCACUACUAUCAAAUCCAAACAGACUAGUUACCAUACCUACCUAGUUACUUGUAAUGAUGUAGGCUAGACCUAAAUGUUGUCUUAAAUGGAUUGAGUUAUUAAGUUAGCUUUACUUUAUGGUAGCCAUUGGCAGAUAGGCUACUAUUUAAUGUUACUAACUAAAGAACUUAGCUAAUCUAAAGUUAAGUAGGAUAGUCACAUGAAAUAAAUAGAUAUUAUCAUUAAUACUUAAAAAUUAGGAUAAUCUUGAAUUUUAUAGUUUUUUAUACUGAUGACCAUAAUUUAUUAUGAAUGAAUUUUAAUUAUGCAUCAAUUUGUUUUGAAUUCAUCCCCGAAGGACCUAAUGAGCAAAUGUAAAAUAUUAUCACUCAUUCACUGGUAAAUGAACUUUAAUUUUGAAUGCUAAAAUCCUAGAUUAUGCAACUUAGGCUAAACCCUAAGACAAAAUAAUAUAUGUUACAAUAUAGACCUAUGCCCCCUGCAUAUCAUGUACAUAUUUAUUUGAUAAACCUGCUUGUUCAAAUACACAUUAUUAAAUUGUUAACCUUAUUACACUUUUAAGUCUACCAAGUGAAAGAAGGUAAUAAAGUUAAUAAUUAUUAAUAAUAAUAAUAAAGUUUAUUUGAAAAACACGCUUCAUCCCCAAAGGCUCGAAGCGCGGUACAAAGUCAACCAUUUAAAAAAAAAAAAUCUAUAAUUUACCACAUUUAAAACAAACGCAACACUACAAAAACUAAUUACAAGCAUACCAACUCAAAGUCUUUCUACCCAUUUCAACCCUAAGCAACACAGCCAAUAUGCAUUAACUGGAAAAUAUGGUAGACAACAUCAUCCCAGAAGGUGUUUGCGAAAUAGAUGUGUCUUUUAAUCGGUUUUAAAGGACUCCAGUGUCUGGUUGUUUCUGAGAGCGACAGGAAGGGCGUUCCAAAUUAUUGGCCCAGCAAAUGCGAAAGUGUGCUUUCCGUAAGUCUCAAGGCGAACACGCUGUGUCGAGAGUUUGCCACUAUCGGAUGAGCGGAGUUGUCUAGUGGGUACAUAAGGCGUCAGCAGCUCUUUGAGAUAGGACGGCACUAGGUCGUGUAAGCAGCGGUAGCACAAAGUUGCAAUUUUGUACUCCAUGCCAGCGCGGACCCGCAGCCAGUGCAGCUCUCUCAGGAGUGUUUUAGCAUGGUCAAACUUGCCUUUGCGAAGAACAAUGCAAGCCGCAUUAUUCUGUGCUAUUUGAAUUUUAUCCAGGAGCGUAGCUGGAAGACCCACCAUGAGAGCGUUGCAGUAGUCCAUGCGUGAUAGCACAAAUGCAGACAUCAGCCUCUUUGUUGCAUCAAUUGUUAAGAAGGGCCUAAUGUGACUAAUCCUGUGCAGCUCUAGAAAAGUCGCCUUGCAUAGCUUGUUAAUGUGACUUUCCAAAGUUAGUGUUCUAUCUAGGUAGACACCCAGGUACCGCACUGUUUAAGCUAACUCAAUAUGCACACCUGAGAGAGUAAGUGAUGUUGUGUUAUUUGCAGAUUUUUGCUUCUGAGCAGUAGCAAUGGGGAUCAGCUCAGUCUUAUCAUUCAAUUUGAGCUUGUUUAUGGUCAUCCAGUGCUUAACUGAGUUCUGUCUUCUGUGUCAUACUGAGAAGCUGAGGGAACUGAGAGGGGAUCACGGAUUAAUGAAAUUGGGUGUCAUCCGCGAACAUGGGGUAUUGCAUGUCAAACUGCUUCAUCACAGCACCCAGGGGCUGAAUGUACAUCUUGAAAAGCACCAGGCCUAGGACCGAGCCCUGGGGUACUUGGAUAUUAGAUUUCUUAGAGUGAUGCGCCCUGUAUGCCGACUGGAAAGGUUCAAACAAGUCACACUGAAUGAGGUGAUCUAGGAGUUGGCGGAGAAUGACUUUUUCUAAAAUUUUGGAUACAAAUGGUAGAUUUGAGACGGUACGAUAAUUUUCCAUCACAUUUGGGUCAAGAUUUGCUUUCUUUAACAGUGGAGUGACAACCGCCUCUUUAAAAGAAGAUGGAACAAUACCAGUUGUCAAGCACUGAUUUCUGAUACCAGUUAUGAUGGGGACUAUUUCAUCCAGACAUUCAUGCAACAGCCCUGGGUCAAGCAAACAUGACUUUCUUGGGGUAUCAGCCAGGAUUUUCCUCACAUUCAAUUCAUUGACUUCAACAAAUUAACCCAUAGGAGAGCCGUGGAAAAGUGAGAAUUCUGGGGCAGCAUUGUUGCAACUGUCAAGUCUCACCCUGAUCUUCUUAGCUUUCAUAAUAAAGAAGUCAUUUAGAGCGUCUGGCAGCUCGCCUACAGCAAAAUGUUAUUUGGCAGAGAUGUAUCCUUGUAUUUACCGGUCAGCAGACCCACAAUGCGAAGUAAGUCCUUGCUUGAGCUGCUGUCUAUAAUCUGAUGACUAACAUGCUCAGUCCUAGCUGCAAGGACCAACUUUUUGGUUCGUUCCCUUUGGUCAACAAAGAUUUGUCUGUGCACGGUCAAGCCCGGCUUCUGCCAUUGGCGUUCUGCACGUCGCUGCUUCUGCUUCGCGUCCUUAAUUUCGGGCCGGAAGGUCGGUCUGUAACGCGCCGUGUUGACAGUGGUGCAUGUCUGUCUAUGAUGACUCGAAGGCCAUUGUUGUAGUCUGUCACAGGGUCUUUUUCACUGAACCUGAGGGCGGCGACGUCGCAUCUGAAGGCUACUAUAUCAAUUUUUUGGAGGUCACGAGAUGUGACUGUGCACAGAGGGUGCCCUGGCUUCCUCAAGUCAAAGACUAUGGGAAAGUGAUCAGAGAUCAUUUUAUCUUCAAUAAGGAGGUUGCGGAUCACAGCUGUGCGGUCCUCUCUGACAUCAAGCCAAUCCAGGAUGUGACCCCUCGUCUGUGUUGGGACAUUGACAAGCUGAAUCAUACUGUAUGUGUCAAGAGCUGAUUUCAGAGUCUUCACAUAUCUGUUAGUGGUGGAAUUGAAAUGGCAAUUGGUAUCACCUAUUAUGAUGACCUUGUUAUUUGUAGAGGCGUACGUGUCUAGGAGCUGUAUAAACUCAGCAGUAAACUGGGAGACCUUCAACUUAUUUCAUUGGGAGGUGGCCUGUAUAUGCACAGAAGCGUAAUCGCUUUGUCACAAUAAUUAAGUUGCAUCUUGCAAAUCUCAAAUGAAACAAACUGGUCCGAUUUUGAGAAUACCCCCGCUACCACACGACAGCCUUGGGCAAGAAUGAAGGAGGUAGUCCGCAGGUGUAAUUUCUUGCAGCUUGACCUCAUCUCCGACCUGCUUAAACCACGUCUCCAUAAUGAACACAAGGUCGGCCUUGCUCUCAAAAAUAAGAUCACACACCUCAAAUGUCUUGUUCCUUGAUGACUGGGAGUUGAAAAACAGCACCCCGAAGUGCCGUGAUUGCGGCCUCACAAAAAAAUUAACAUGACUAUAAUAUAGUGCAUAACAUAUUUCACAAUACAGCCUCAAGAGGAUUAAAAAAACCCAAAGCAUUAAGUCACAAGAAAACACAGGCCCCUUUUUAACAAAAAAAAGUAACUGUAACCUGUAUUUUUUUCAAUGACUAACUUGACCUCUCAAUAUCAAACCAAUCAAAAACUGUAUGUGACAUUUAUAAAAGAAUUACAAUUAAUCUUAUUCAUCAAACUCGAUUAUUUGCACCCCUAAUACAAUCACGGUGGAAAUUAAUGCCUGGUGAAUAUUGUUUGGAAAUUUAAUUUAUUAUUUUUUAAAUUAAAAAAUAUUUUAAUUUUUAUUUAGCUAAUUGAUAACAUUAUUCUUCAUCAGAUAUAUAUUUUGCUGCUGUGGUGAAAUUAUCAAAGUUUUCAAUACAACUAAUGGAGAACUUUUACAUGAUCUCAAAGGACACUCUAAAGUAGUUACUGGACUCGCCAUAAAUCCCAGCAAUGUUUUGCAAGUAAGCAGUUACAUCAUUAAUUUGAAAAAUCAAUUUAUUUUACUCUCUUGCUCCAGUAAAAUAUUCAGAUCAAACAGCAAUUGAUUAUAUUAUAUAUUGCAGCAUUCUUAGUCAGGAAUUUGCAUCACAGCACAAAGCACUGCAAAUAUAAUCUUUAUAUUUUAGCAGUUAAACUUUGUGAUUCAAAAAUGUAUUAAUAAUUUAAUGUUACUUAAUUACAGUAAUAUUUAAUAUAUAAGUAUUUCAUUAGACUAUAUAAGUACAUCACAAAUUUUUGUGUUACACAAAACAAAAAACAUUAUUGGAUUUUAAAAUUUUUAUUUGAAACAUGGUAUUUGAUUGAUUGACUUAAUUUCUCGCUUCCAUAGAUGUUAUCUUGUGGCCAAGAUGGACUUCUUAUCUAUUGGGAUUAUCUAGAUGGAGUAAGGUUAAAGGCAAGUAAUGUGUUAUUCAUAUUGUUUCAGUGAUUAUAUAUGGGCUCAGGAAUUAGAGAUUGUGAGAAAUUUUGUUAAUUGUUACAUUUUAAAAUAAAAUCUAAUUUGCUCGAUUUAAUUUUCUUUCAUCAAACACUUCUUUGAUGCAUGUAUAUAAGUAUUUCACUAUUUCUUACAAAUAAGAAUAACUAUUAUUUGUUUCUGAUUUUUUUAGCAACAUGAUUUACAUUUAUCUUUGUAUGGCAUUGUUUCAAUCAAUGCAGAGAAAAAGUUUAUAAUGAUGCUUGCCCAGACUUCAGAGCAUAACAAAAGUAAGUCUGAGAAAAUGAAGAUACCUAAAGUUCUUUCAAAUAAAUUUCUUUAUAAUUUUUAUUUUGAAUAAGCAUCAUUUUUUUAAAAAAUGAAGUCUUAUCAUUUGAAUAAGAAAAGUAUAUAUAUAUAUAAUAUUGUGGGCUUAUUUAACAUACAUUGAGCCAACAGCUACUCACCCACAAGGGGAAGGACUUUAUUAGAGUAGAAGUUCAUUCAUUCCCAUUAUUGCUGCAUGAAUCAAAGUGAAAAUGUAUCACCUGAAGCACCCCACAUAGAGCUUUCAGAUUGUCCUUAAUUUUUAUCCAUUUUAAUUUUGGAAAGAAAAAGGGGACCUUAAAUUCUUAACAGUAUAUAAAGUGGGAUUUUCUUGGUGUAUUUACAUACUGAUGAUUAACAGCACCAAUUAUAAAAUCUAAAUUUUUCAAGAACUAUUUUAGUUAGUCACACAUUAGUGUUUAAAAUUUGUGAAUUAAUGUAGUUUAAGAGAAACAUUUUUUUUAAUGCAGUUACACAUAUACACCAGGAUUCCCUAUAAUAAUCAACUUGUGCACAUAUCCAACUUUUUUUAUUUGACACAAUUGACAUAACUAUAUUGAAUGCAUUAAGACAGAUCUAGGUGGUUAUAUAUAUAAUACACAUAUACACAUGAUUCUGUAUCACUCACCUAGUUCUUUAUUCUACUAGCUCAGUCAUGUUGUUAAAAUUCAUAAAAUGCACACACCAGUUUCAUAUUUUAAGUUGUUUAAUUCUAUUUUGAUUUUUCUUUGGUGGUCUUUCAAAUCAGCAUUUUGCCUGAUGUUAUGGAAAAAGAAAUCAGGUGCAGAAUUUUCCAAGCCCAAAAUGUUAAUUCAACAUUGUGAUGGUGCACACCAAUUGGUGUCUUUUGGCUGCUCUGUAAGUCAGGAAGCAUGUUUAUCCACUUUAUAUUCUAGCUUAUUAUAAACAGAAAAAUUCAUAAACUAAGCAUAACUAAUUCAAACUAAGGGCCGUAGUUAGCAUUUAUUAUCAAUGUUUGAUUUAAGAAACUCUAUUUUUAUAUAUUUAUUAUAAAUUGUCUUUGAGUGGGCGAUACAUACAUUAAAACUUACCUUGGCCUAAGAAUUAGCACACUAAUUAAGUAUAGCAAUAAUAUAUAAUAUAUAUUCUAAAUAUGGGUACUAUUAAACUAUAUGAUAGUCGCUCCCUAAAAAAAUGUCUUCAAGCAUUAUGAUUUAAUAUCCAAAAACAAAUGGUCUGAUUUAAUUUCAUUUUACUUUUAUCAAUAAUCAAAUCUCAUUUCCAGAAAGAAAUUGUUGCAUCUGGGCUGAAGCAUGAACUUUCUAUUCAUUCUAUGAAAAAUACAUCCACCAAAAUGUAAGUUUUAUUUCCUUUCAUUGACCUUCUAAAUGAAUUUCAUAUGAUCUAUUCAAAGUAAAGUUUAAAAAAAUAUUAAACAUGUUACAUUCUGUAUUAGUAUAAUUACGGCUACUGAACAAGACUACAUCAAAAAGAAUAAAAUAAGAAAAUAAUCUUUUUUUAAAUGGAUAAUGUAGUGGCGAAAGCUAGUGAAUUGAUGUUAACAAUUUAUUACUCAAUUUUUUUUUUCUAAAAUAUAAAUAAAAUAUACCAAGUCUAAAAUUUAGUAUAUUACAAUAACAAACAAAAAUAAUAUUACCACUCCAUCACUUUCUUACCCUUGUCGAGUUGGUUUUAUGUCCCACUCUGUAGCGUGCUACCUUUUUAUACUUGUCAUGAAAUGGUUCAGAAAGGAAUACAAGAGUUAACAUAAUACAGAUGCUUUCACUAAAAGAUCAAGAUCUAUGAUGAAAUUUUAGUCACAAUUAUUAUUUUAGAUAAUUAAUUUUCAAACUUAUAUUAUAUAAAAACAAUCUUUAAUUAGAAUUUAUAUGGUAACAUUGUCUGCCUCUGAACCAGGAGCUUGUGUUUUUGAUUUUUGGGAGGUCAGUCUCCCUAUGAGUGAGCCGGUUGAAAUUGUUUAGUUGGUAAAGUAAUGAAACUAUUCAAAACCUUUAUAUCAACAAGGUUUAAAUUUAAAAAAGUCUUUCAUAACCAUAUAUACAAUAUAUAUCAUCCUUACGCCAUACUAUAGUGGUGAGUGGUAAGAAAAAUGAAAUAAAAAGUUGGAAUUCUAUUUAAAUUCAUCAUUAUCAUCAUCAUCGUGUCCCUUAGUCCUUGGACCGUUGGGGCGCCACAGAUGACAUGUGAACUAUCCUCCUCCAUUCAUCAUUGUCUUCUGCACUACGCACAGCAUCGUCCAGUGUUAGUCCUGUCCACUCUUUGAUGUUAUCCUCCCAUCUUUUUCUUUGCCUUCCUCUUCUUCUCCCUCCUCUCAUGGUGCCCUGCAAGCCCUUGUUUCCUUGUUACGUGGCCUUACCAUUUUAGUUUGCGUUUUUUCACAGUCACCAGUAGGUCAUCGUACUCCCCAAUUGCCUGGCGAACCCUUUCUUUCACUGUAUCAUUGGAGAAAUGGUCCCUAUAGCAGAUGCCAAAAAUGCUUCUGAAGCAUCUCAUCUCCAUCGCCUUUAUUUCCCUUUCAAGAUCAGCUGUUAAUGUCCAGGAUUCGCAGGCAUACAGGAAAAUGGAGAGGACUAAUGAGCGGAUCAGCCUGAUUUUGGUGCUGGGGGCUACAUUUUUGUCAUUCCAUAUUUUCUUGAGCCUGUUAAGUGCUGUUGUAGUCUGCCCAAUCCUGAACAUCAGUUCAGGCUUGGAGCCUUCUUCUGAGACUAUUGCUCCUAGGUAUUUGAAGCGGCCAACAGUCUCUAGUCUUUCUUCCCUGACCUUAAUUUCAGUGGUGAUGCCUGUGGUGUUAUUCGUCAUCAGUUUUGUCUUUUUAGCACUGAUUAGCAUGCCGUAGGACGACAAGGUCUUAUCGAGACUCUUUGCCAGGUUGGCUAGCUCUUCUUUGUUCCCAGCCAAUCCGUCUAUGUCGUCCGCAAAGCGUAGGUUGGUGAUUGUUCUGCCACCAAUGCUGACUGUUCCUUCAUGUGCUUCCAGAGCAUCUGACAUAAUUCUCUCUAGAAGAUUUAAAUUCAAAGAAAUCAAAUAAAAAUGAUGACAGUUCAAAUCUCAUCAAUUAAUUUUUUGUCCACAGUGUAAGUGAUAAUGACAGGUUCAACAAGUUUAAGUCUAUAACGUGUGUGGCUUGUCAUCCUACUGAAUACUCUAUUGCUACUGGUCUGGAAAAUGGGAAAAUCCUUGUAUGGUAAUGUAAUUAAAAUAUUCUUUAAUAUGAUUUUGAAGAUUCCACUGCUAAAACUAUGUAUGAAUGUGAGACUUAUUACUGGUUUACAAUUUCAGUACCUCAAAAUAAAUGAACUAUCAAAGACUUAGUACUGGUUUACAACUUCAGUCUUUAAAUAUUCUCUGUGACCAUUAUUUUCAGGCAUAAUUUUUAUAACGAAGGUCAGCCACUGACAUCAGUUAUGCACUGGCAUGCUCUCUCUGUGUUGAGUUUGGAAUUUACACCUGAUGGUGAGAAAUUUACAAAUCAUUGACUAAAUUAUACUUUUUAAAUUUACUCUUGUUUAUUGCUUGACGCACAUCGAUACCUAAGGUAUUAGUUUACCAAGUCAGAUUCUGUCAUAAAUUAAGUAAAAAUAAUAAUUGAGGGCCUUCGUACACUGCUUGCAGUUGCAUGCAUAUCAUUUAUGUUUCUUUUUUCUCUAGAAAACUAAUUUAUUUUGACAGGUUCAAAUCUGCUAAGUGGAGGACAUGAAUGUGUGUUGGUCAGAUGGCAGAUAGGAAAUCAUAAUCAAUGUGAUUUUAAGCCACGCAUGGGAUCACCAAUAAAUCAAAUAGCGAUUUCACCAGAUGGAAACUUUUAUGCCACUAAACACAAUGAUAAUGGUAAUUACUUAUAACAUGUGUGUAAUGAUUUAAAUUCACUGCGGUUUUUCAUUUGAUUUUUUUGUUUGCUUUUUCAAGUCAUAAAUGUGGGUGAAGUGCCAUUAAAAAAAAUUUUUGUAAGCUUAAAUUUUCAACAAUUUAUGAUAAGCAUGAAAACAUUUUAAUUUUAGCAGUGCCUGUUUAAUUUUAUUUUCUACUAAGGCAAGGCUUAGGUUAUAUUAUGUUUGUGAAAAGAUUACCUUUAUCUCUUCCAGUUAUUCAGCUUUUAGACAUUGAUUUGAAGAUUCAACAAGUUUAUCGAGGACUGACACAUUGUAAUUUUAGUUCCAUGUACAGUAAAUCCCCUAUCCCUAGUGGUCUCAAUUAUGAUCCAAGGUCAAGGACCCUUGUUACUAAUGGUUUGCCUGGUCAUCUUCAGUUUUAUUCACUAGUCAUGAACAGGCAGAUUUUUAAUGUAAGUUUUAGUGUGUGAUAUUUCUGUAAUUAAAUGUUAGUACUAAAGUUUCCUAUAAAUUGUUAUCACUGUCUUUUUUUAACCUAUGGCGUGUAAUGCCAACAAAUUUUCCAUGCAAUUUAGUUUGUAAAAAAAAAAUAUUUAUGUGAUUAUACCGUAAUAUGCUGCAUAAAAAAUAAAUUGUACUUGUACUUCCAAGUUUUUAGUUUUUUCACCAUAUGAGUACAAUCUUGUCUACAUCAUGUUUUUUAAAAUAAAUUAUUCAUCAGCUUGAUAUAGUUGGACAGAAUUUUGUCUCUGCGGAUUCAAAUGAUCAAAAUAAAUACCGCACUGAGGUUUUGUGCUCAGCUAUCAGUGAUGAUGGGGAGUGGUUGGCUACUUUUGAAAUGUGGGAUGAUGGCUUCUUUAGUCCAGAUUUGAGGCUCAAAUUCUGGGUCUACAGCCCAGAGGUUCAGACGUAAGUAUCUAAAAAUUGUUUUAACACUUCAGAGUACCAAGGUUUUGUCAAAACCAUUUUAGUAUGAAGGCAUUGUGGUAACAGGUACUACAAAUUAACCCAUAACCUUCUGGUUGUGAAGCCAGCAAAAAAAGCAUUCUACCACAGGGCUGACGAGACAGUAGUUAAGUCUCAAAAGGGGAAAUAAAAUUCAAAUUGUCUGAAAUUGAAUUAUAACCUUAUGUUUCAACUUUAAACUAAUGAAUGCAACUCUUAAUUAUUUUCAUUACAUAGUUAAAAGUAAAUUCAUCUUUGCCAUAAGGCAACGUUGGUAUUAUAUGUGUUACCUCAAGACUUGAACUUAUUAAUAUUAUGUAAGCUCUUUACUGUGUGAAUUAUAAAUGUCAUCUUUAAAAAUGAUUGAUUUAUAAUUGCUAUAAUUGUAUGUUUUCAUUUAAAUUCUAUCAUCUUUUUAAAAGCGUGUCCUUUGCUCACUUCAAUAGCUUAGUACUAAGGCUAUCAUGUUCAAACAUUUGUUAAUCCCAACUGUAUUUUUUUGGCAGAUAUUCUCUGAACACAACCGUGGAACACCCACAUGAUCAAAAGAUAAUUAGCCUUUUGUUCCGGCCACAACCGCCAUCCCAGCAAUCCAAGAAGAAUCCAAUGCUUAUAACUGUGGGAGCUGACUUUUGCUACAAGAUGUGGGCAUUGGUCGAUGAUUCGGACAUUUAUAGUAAGUUCAUUCUCUCUUUGUUUUCAUACAAUAUGUGGGACUGUCCUUUUUAAUCAAAUUCAGACCCAUUCAUGUUGGUCAACUAAUUUUUUCCGGCUAUGAUCUGAGUGAUAAAAGAGGUUGGCUUUAACAACAAAAAUGUUUAUCCAAUAGGAAGUAACACCAGAUGGAAUUGUGAGUCUGUGGGAUUUUACCGUGGUCUUGAUGUAGGCUGUGCUGAUUUCUCUGUCGACGGAUCAACCUUAGCUGUUGGCUUUAAACAUCUUCUUACACUUUGGGACCCAGACAGUGAUGUUGUUCGUGUCACAUUAUCAAAUGCAUUGGCAGAAAGAGAGGACAUUUUGUAAGCAUUCUUUUUUUAAUCUUAGCUUUUAACACACAAACAAUUUUUAAAAUUAUUUCUUAUAAUUUAAUUUAUUACCUGUAGAAAAGAAUGAUAACUUUGUAUAUGCCUUCAGGAUAUUUUGUAAAACAUUAAUCAUAAUUUCAGACAUUUAAAAUUUGGAAGUUGUAAGUCUCUGCAUCAUUUGGUGUGUGCUACUAAAAAGUCAUUAAUAUCUUGGGAUCUUCUUACAUUGACCAGUAAGUAUAAAUCAAUAAAUUACUUAAUAGUUUAUAUUUUCUUUCCUACCACUUAGGAGAUGAUGCUCUCCCCCCCCCCCCCCCCCCCCCCCCCCCCCCCCCCCCCCCCUCCCUUCUGCCACAUUGCCAUCAUUUUAUCCAAUCCAAAGCAAAGCAUUUUAAAUAUUUUUAUUAUUGUAUCUGCGAAGUAAUGAUUUCAUACAUUAAACAAAAAAUUCAUUGAAUUUGUUCAGUUAAAAUCUACUGCUCUAAUGUAAUACUGGUAAUGAUCAUAUGUGGAUUUGGAGAGUCCAGAUGUUAAUUUCUUUUUAUUCUCAUUUCUAUAGGAAUUUAUUAUUGCAUCAUAAUCAUAAUGCCUAAACAUUUGAUUAAAAAUAGUUUGUUUUUUUAAAAAUAUUUAUAUUUGCAGUUUUGUGGAAAGUUGAUGUUGAGAUCAGUUCUCUUGUAAGAGACCCUUCAACAGACAUCAUGGCAUACAUCUCUAAUAAAAAAACAUGUAAGUUAUUUAUAUCGUAAAGUAACAAAAUGAACCAGACUUAAACGGCAAUGCUGAAGUUCAUUAAGAUAUUUUUUUUCUUACUUUUCAGUAUGUUUCUUUAGACCUAGCAGUGCCCAGCUUGUGUACACACAGGAUAACAUCAGCGCCUCUGAUAUACAAGAUGUUAUCUUUGUACCAGAUGGACGAACAAAAAACAUUGUUGAUCUUGGCUGGCCUGGAAGCUCACAAAUAUACAUAUAUAAUUCACAACAACAACUCAUCACCUUAGAUUUGGAUAUUCAGAAGCAUGAAAAUCAAAAUAAGGUAAAGAGAACUAUUUUAUGAGCAUUGCUUUAAGCAAUUCAAAGUUCCUUGUUUAAAUUCCCAGUUGAACAAAAGUCAGCUUUUAUCUAUCAGCUUGUGUUUUGCCAUAGGCCAAUUAAAAUGUAUUAUGUUAUAGAGUUUUCAGAGCUUAACUCCCCUCAAAAUCAUGUUUUAGAUUUAGCAAUUUUUUUAAUCAAACUGCUAGACAAAUGCAGCUAAAUGUUUACUUUUAAAUUACAAAAGAACACUAUCCUAAAUAUAAAAUUAAGCAGAGAUCGAAAGAAAAUUUUGAUGGGGAAAUCGCUUUUGAAAUAACAAUUGAUAACUAAGUUGGGCUUAAUAGCGUGCUCUGUUUUAUUUCCUUUGAUUUGGUGCCUUUUUAAAAUCAAAAUUAUUGUAUCACUAGCUUUUAUUUUGCCUUAACUUCAUUAAUGAAACACAAUGAACAGAUCAGACAUAGCAAUACAGAGAGUUAAAUAGAGAGGUGUCAAAUAUUUUGUUGUCUAAUGUCUUGUGAUGCAUGUCAAAUAUUUCGCCUGGUCUAUUACAUCCAACUUCACGACUGUCUCUCCCUCUGAUAAGAAGCAACAAUGUCCAAUGAACACUAGACAUUACUUAAUUAUUUACGCUACAUAAAUCACAUGAUUCCUUGACAUCAGGAUAAUGUUAUAACAAUUAUAGUUGCGAUGCAGAGAAUAGAUAUACACAGGCAAAAAGCUCUACAGCGAAUCUAAUCCAAAAAUACUAUCCUCUCUGUCGCUCACACUGACUCUAGAUCCCUCGUUCACUCUGACAUUCAAAAUUCUUGUCUCCCCUUUUAUCACCCAAAAUUCAAGUACCCGUCCAUGGCUUGAAAAGAGUUCACACUUGUUCACAUAACCCAAUUAUCACAAAUCACAACACACACUGCAUGACCUUGACAAAAGGACACAACUUCCAAGAAAAUUCAGCAAACGAGGCACAAAACAGGGGUCUUUGUUACUUGCUAUAUAUUAGUGGUAUUAUAUUUGUAAUUUAUAUGUUAUUGUUGUUACAUUAAGAGGGCCUCAGAUUAUUAAUGAUAGGCAAAGAACCAAUCAGAGUUUGGAAUAGAGAAGGUAAAAUUGGAGGGACACACUUUCCAAGAUAUUCAGCAAACACUCUUACUUAAGUUUUCACACACAAAAAAAAAAACAUUCAAGAUUUGGUAAGUAAUUAUUUUAUUGUUUGAAAGUGUAUUUUUGUAUUACCGUAACAAUGCAAAAAUGUUCAUUUUGCUCCUCAGCAUCCAUGUGUUAACUUAAACUAUGGUUUCAUUUAGAUUCAUAUUGCUCAAAACCUGCCUGAAAACAGUCUCAAAUCAAUGAUGGCAGAAAAACUGGUGAGAGAUCUCCAUGUUGAAGACAUUAAAGAAACUAUGGGCAGUACAAAAGUUGGUGAUGAUGAAUUUAUUGCAAUGGUAAGAAAGUAAAGUUUGCCCAUUUAAGGAAAACAAUAUGCUUUAGUUUUAAUACUCAAGAAAUUUUUAGGAGAUAAAAAUGAUUUAAUGAAAUAUUUCUUUAUUUAAGAACCUAGAAUUUUAAAAUAGCUCUUGGAAAAAUGUUCAUCAGUUUUUUCUAUAUCAACAAUGUAUAUUUCUCAACUUUGUCAGAUGAUCUAAUAAUUAAUAUGUGUGCUAACAAAUAACUGCAGAGUUUAUCAUUUAUAAAAUUAAGUUUAACAAGUAAAAAUUACUACUGGUAGAAAAUACCUGUUGAUAAUUACAUCAGCAAUUUUUAUAUUCACCUUAAUUGAAAAAAUAUUGUAUCAGUAUCAGCACAUAAGUUUUAGUGCAAAUAAAUCUCCAGUUUUUCUGAACAAUUUUUCUCUUUUUUUUUGGUGGCAAUUUAGCUUCUUCAUUCCAAUGAGCCAGUUUUGAUGCACUGUGAAAAAUAUCUGAGUCGUCUCCUUGUAAAGAAGUGAGUAUUUGAUUAUUAGCACUUCAUUCAACUAGCUGUUUAUAAAUGUGUUGUGUACCAUAAUAAAUAGUGUCAGAAACUGUUUUAUCAUUAAUGAUAAACCGAGAGGAAUAGUGGUCAUGAUUAGUAAUAACGGCAAUAUGCAGUACUAAAACUGUCACUGGUGUCAAUUUAUAUUAGGGUACUGUCUGUAGUUUAACCCUUUCAGUCUCUCGACAGCUUUCAGGCCCUUAUGCCUUAGUCACGUUACAGCCUAAUCCCGCUGUAAAGAACACCCUUUUCAACAUUUCUUAGUGAAAGUAACUUUCUUAUUAAGGAGUUACAAAGAACCUAUUUAUAAACACGAAUCUCUGCUCUUGUUGGGGUUCGGUGGUUGUGCGCUUGAUUUUACGCUACUUUUAUAUUUUUUUUAAAACAGUGCUUUGUUGACAGUAGAUCUAAGCUUAAUGGUGUUUGCCCUUCUAGAUUGCUUCAAACUGCAAGUACAUCGGCUUUUAGUGUCGACAGUAAUGAAUAUGAUGCAGAAGUAAUGGAAAUAAAAGUUAUGUUGAUAUUGAACUAGUUCAAAGUCUUAUUCCAGAUGGGUCAGAAGAUUAAGACAACGAUAAUAGAUCUCAAUGGUCUAACCAUUUUCGUUCAAUUGAUGUUGAAGAAUUUUAGAUGUAAUUGGUCCAAAUGUUGACUUACUUACAUUACAUCUUUUCUCUACAAUAAUUCAUAAUUUUGUUCAUGAAUGGAUGAAAGAUUGAUUUUUAAUAAUAAAUUUUUAAAGUCGGCAACGUAUGGUCAAAGUCUAGUUAUAUUUCCCUUUGCUUGGUACUGAAGGUAAUUUCUUAAUGAUUAAUGGGCACCAUGAUACUGAAAGGGUUAAACAUUUAAGAGUGGCCCUAGAAGAUAGGAUUCAUUUUUUAUUGUUUGUACAAAAGAUAGAUGACACUUGAUUUGUUGUGACUUUAUCUAAUUUUUCCAAUACCCUGUACUUAUUAUUUACUUAUUUUACAACUUGAUCAGUCUUCCCCAUAUUAUUUCUAUUUUUUGUGUCUAGGAAUUUUAUUUUCUUAAAAAAGUCAUUAAUAAUUUACUUUCACAAACUUCAGGUAUAUUUUAAAAUAAAUUAUAUGUACAUUUUUUAGAAAACAAAAACGCAAAAUAGAUGGAGGAACUUCUUUGAGUGAUAAAGAUGACAGCAGCAGUGAUGAGGAAUCUGCUUCAAGUUCUGGAUCUGAAACAGAGCCAGCAAAUCAUGACACACCUAAAAAGAGGAUUAAAAAAGCAAAGUAUGAGAACACUGAAUAUUCCUAUAACCAGACACCUAAACCUAUUCACGAUAUGGAUAAAAUUUUAUCUAAAUCUUCUGACUGGGUCAAAUGGUGUGCUUCAUUGAGUUUGAAAUAAAUUACCUGGACCAGUUAAAUUUAGUGGAAAAAAUCAUUUAACAUUGAUUAGGCAUGUGAUUUCACCAAAUUAUUGAGGACUGAAUUUUGAGCUUAAGAAGGAUCCAUUGCAGAGAGAUUAGAGUGCUGGAAAAGGAGAAAAUCCUCUUAUAAAAAUGUAUUUUUCAUUUUGAGAUGUUGACAUAGGGUACGGAUACUUUAUUAAAUAGGUGCACAUUUUUCAAAACUAACAUUAAACAAUAUAAAAUAUGUUCUUUAAAUUUUGUUUUGACUUCUGAUCAGAACAGUGACUGAUGUGAGAAUGUUUGUUUUGUCCUGUUAAAAAGAAAUGGAACUAAAUUUAUUUUAGUAGAAAAGUAUGCACAUAUUACUAGUAUUUGCUAUCUUAACCAAACUACCAUGGGGCUUGUUUAUAUGUGAUAUCUUUUUAUGUUGUCCCAACACUCAGCUGAGUAGGUCUAAAGUUAUCUGCCUGCUUGAAGUACUGUCCAAAACUUUUCAUUUUGCCAUGGAGGAAGAUGGCUAACAUAAACAUCCUUACUUUAUAACUGAUUACACUUACACUGUGUAGCCUAAUGAUAAUAUAUUAUUUAGAAUAUUAAUUAAAAUUAUAUUACACUUUGUCCUUCAAAAUUUAGUUUCAGUGGUCUCGUUACACAUUUAAAAUAAAUUCAAACUGCAAGCACAAUAGUUGCAAAACAAAAUUACACAGAAACAGUAAUCAUAAAAGCAACAGUAACAUCAAAAUUGAGCUUAGUGGCUUCUACUACACAUAUAGUCUCCAAGAAUCAAUCUUUGCAGUGUUUAGCCAAACAAAUUUCAUAUUCCAUGCAGCUUGUUAGUAAUUUGAAGCAAUUAAAAUGAAAAAACACCUCUAAGAAAGAAGAAAUUCAGUAGAUGGCUUAAUUCCUUGCAUCAGAAUAAAUUGUUCUAUUUCAGCCCUGUUUAAUUUUACAUACAGUGGGGUAUAUAUUAAAAAAUUUUAACCAUCUAAAUUUGGGUCACCUGCCUCUAGAUUUGAAUCAUCAAAAUUUGGUGCAUUCUAUCUUUUUUUUUUCUGACAUCUGUCCAUCACAAUGUGACAAUGGUGUAGACUUCAACAAGGUCUGAGAUUUUUCUUUAUGAGUAUAAGUGCUAGUUUCCUAGACAGCAAAUCUACUCUCUCCAUGCACCUGGAUAACCCAAGGGAACAUCUUAUGUGGCUUGGCACCAGUAUCGUUGCAGGAGUUGUGUCAGUGUUAUCCAUCUAUGGGACUCCAUGUCUGGGUUUGAAUUCAGAGUCUUUCCUUCUCUUAGAUGAGUUGCCGUCCAAGGCUAUGGAGGACCAUCCACCUGGGGUGCUGGUGAUAAUUGUGCGUGUCUAGGUGA